AUGAGCUCACGAAAGCAGACGCCGAAUGACUUCCUAAAGCAGCUCCUCGGUCGACCGGUGGUGGUGAAGCUCAACUCGGGCGUCGACUACCGAGGCGUGUUAGCCUGUUUGGACGGCUACCUGAACAUUGCCCUGGAGCAGACGGAGGAGUACGUCAAUGGACAGCUCAAGCAAAAGUACGGCGACGCCUUCCUGCGUGGAAACAAUGUCCUGUACAUCAGCACACAGAAACGCAAAUAA